UCUAGAGUUUUAUUUAUUGUUACUACCAUAGAGAAAAAUAUUAACAGAAAUAUUUUAUAGAUGCUUUGAUCAGAACUGAGCAUAUUCAACUGAUGACAUAAAACAUGUAGAUCUCAUUUAGCUCUCCAGAUGUUUUUGGACUGCAACUCCCAGGAUUCCUCACCUUGGUUAUACUGACAAGGCCUCCUGAAAGCUACUGUCCAACAAUAUAUGGAAGACCACCUAGUGUAAGAAGCAGAUUCUCAAUCAUUGCAUUUUCAUGAUCAGCAUCUGUAAUUGUUACAAUGUAUGUGUUUACAGUGUUCAAUUAGAUUGACAGCAAUGACUCUUCAUAACACAACACUGUUCAUUUUUCAUUACUUACUUAUUUUAACACAUCUAUGUAUUCUGGUUUGUCAUAUUAAUUCAAACAUUAUAUUCAGGAAGACUUAAAACUAAUAGUAAUGUGAGUCAAAAGAGUCCUGCUGUGGGAAACAUUCCCCAAUGAAAAGCCAUUCUUUGUGGCAAUAACUCUACAGACAACUUUGCUGUGGUCCUAGUAAGCAAGUUUCUUCCUGGUCUACUGAUGUUUUUUUUUUUUUAAAUCCACUGCAGAAGAAACAGUGAGAAUGGCCACAUAUGGCAUGAAUGGUACUAGCAUAUGUCAGGUCUUUGGUUUGCAGACCUUUUGGUUUCCCACCAUGCUUAUUCUAGUGUAGAAAUAUGGUCCAAUCACCAUACUGUACUCAAGCUGGGCUCCCUCCAGUGAACCAGGCUGCCUGCCCAGAUAAAUGUUCUAUUUCACUACGCUUGUAUGAUUAUUAAAGUAUUAUACAGUGUAUAUGACCUUUUAAAAAAAAAGCAAAGGCAGUGUUCCAAUUCUGUCGGCACAUAUUACAUCCCAGUAUUGACACGCCCCCAGCCUCUGAUUGGGAUGUCAAUAUGAGUCUCCGCCUCUUUUCUUAUCUGAUGCUGCUGAGGGGCGUUCCCUUCCCCCUGUGUAGCCACGCCCCCAGCCUCUGAUUGGGAUGUCAAUAUGAGUCUCCGCCUCUUUUCUUAUCUGAUGCUGCUGAGGGGCGUUCCCUUCCCCCUGUGUAGCCACGCCCCCAGCCUCUGAUUGGGAUGUCAAUAUGAGUCUCCGCCUCUUUUCUUAUCUGAUGCUGCUGAGGGGCGUUCCCUUCCCCCUGUGUAGCCACGCCCCUCACCCUCUGAUUGGGAUGUCAAUAUGAGUCUCCGCCUCUUUUCUUAUCUGAUGCUGCUGAGGGGCGUUCCCUUCCCCCUGUGUAGCCACGCCCCUCACCCUCUGAUUGGGACUUGCCUGAGAUGCUCUGCCCCCUUUCCACUUGGAGUGGCCCCGCCCCUCGACUCUUAUUGGGACGUUGCUGUGAGGCUCCGCCCCUUCUCUGUCUGAUGCCGCUGACAAGUGCUCCCUUCCCCCUCUAUGGCCCGCCCCUCGUCUCUGAUUGGGAGGGAGCUAUGAGUCCCCGCCUCCUUUCUCCUCUGAUGCUGCUGAGGGGCGUUCCCUUCACCCUCUGUGACCACGCCCCUCGUGUCUGAUUGGGCCAUUUGAAUCUUGGCGGGGCGGGGCCAAGGAGCAACGGCUGCCGCCAUGUCUGCUUGGUCUCGGAGCCUCCGCUUCGGAGGGAGACAGACAGAAAGGGAAAGGCCCAAGCCAAGCCGCUCUGCUGAGGAGAAUGCCGCCGCAGCGGAGCGGAGGCGGCAGCUGGACGAGUUCCUGGCCCAGAAAGGGAGGCCCAGGCCGGCGGGUGGCAGGCCCUACUUGAAGGACAGGACCAAUGGGCAGGCCUUGGCUCCCUCCAGACCGGACUCGGUGGCCAGGACGAAGCACAGGGAAGCCGCCCCAAGCAAACCCAAGGCGGCCCCCGUCAAGAAAGCGGUGCCCGGAGCGCCCCACCGCCCUGCGACAAAGGAGCCCCCAGCGGCUGGGUCCCGCUUUCCCCGGGAGCCCCCCUCCCAAACCCACCCUGAGAAGCCACUCAGGAAUGACCACAACAAAGGAAAACAGAAGGCAGAGGAUGGGAAAGAGAAUGCCGUUGUUGGAGUGACCGCAGUCCGACCGACUCAAAAGAGGGCUGUUUCCAGACCGGCGUUUGGAAGCCAUGCAUCCAAGCAAUCUGUACAUUUGGGGAGUAAGGGGACAUUCUCCCUGAACUCAGCAAAUCCUAAAAAGAAGCACCAAACUCCCCCGCCAGGCAAGAAGCCCUCCGCCCAUCCAAGGAGCCAUUCGGCUGCACCCAAAAGCGGAGCCGAGAGGAAGCAAGGCAACUUCAGGCAACAGCCGAGGACCCCCAAUGCAAAGCCUAGACCCCGGACCUCUGCCGUCCACACAGCUCCUGCCUCUGGGGGGCUCCGAAAUGGCAGGAGAGAGCCCCCCAAACCCAAGCACCCGGAUGUGGGCCCAGGCCAAGAGCUCAAGACCCCUUCUGCUCCCGACCGGAGGCAACUGCUGGAGGACUGGGUGGCGUCCCGAGGAAGGACCUACAAGAGGCCCCCCAUGCGCCCCGCUGCCCCGAAGCCUCCGAAGGCAAAGUCCAGCCUGAACCUCGCCUUCUGGGGCUCCUUGGAGGAGGAGGAGGAGAAAGAGGAAGCGGAGAAGGAGGAGCAGCACCUGGCCAACGAGAUCACACACACCUUGGCAGAGUGCCGGAAGCUGGCCGAAGAGGGCCUUCCUGAAGAGCAGAUCCUCGCAGCGCUGACCCGCAUCCCGCAAGUGGAGAGGUUUGCCCAGUUCUGGGUCUGCAAAGCCACGCUAGAGGCGCAGAGGGGCUCCUUGGACGUGGCAGGGCUCUACGAAGCCGCCCUCUCCGCUGGGGCCACGCCGCUGCAGGAGCUGCGAGAUGCUGUCACGGGUAUUUUGAAGAAUGUCAAGGCACCGUCCAGGGGUGAGCGUGCCAUGGGAUCCCUUUGCACGAGAGACCCGGAGCCUGUGAGCCCUUCUGGAGUGUGUUUCCCUUCGACCCCUGCAGCCAGCCCUGUUCCAGAGGAAGAUGUGGACCCUCCCCAGACUCCUCAGCAAAGCCCACCGUGGGCUAAGCCCUGCUCGGCCAUCAAGCUCCAGAUCCUUUCCCUGCCCAGGUCCAGCAAGCGAAGCCCUUGGCCAGAGGUGAGACUCCUGACCCCCGUGCGACGGUCCCUGCGCAUUGAAGGCGCCACCGCUUCCUACCCACAGAUGCUGAGGGACCACGACCCUGUCGUCUCCUCCCUGGAGGAAAUCGUGGCCGCAGACCACGGGAGCCAAUUCCUCUUCCGCAGCAACACAGCUCUGCCCAGAGCGGUGAGAGUGGCCGACUUUGUGACUGGACGGGCCACCUGUGGGCACAAUGCCACCCCGGCCACGACGAAAGCAUCAUUGCCACGUUGAGGAGUGUUCACACCACCUCCUUUCCUCCCAGCCUCCUUCUUUCUCUUUCUUUGUAAACAAGACUGGACCCACAGCAUUGUUCUCUGAAGCCCUUUUGGAAACAUGUCCGUCUUUAUUCUUCAAUCCAUCAAUCAGUGUGGCCAGAAUCCCUGGGUUGCUGUGAGUUUUCCGUGCUGUCUGGCCAUGUUCCAGAAGCAUUGUCUCCCGACGUAUCGCCCACAUCAGCAACCCAAUCAAUCAGCCUUUAUUACAAGGAGGAAAAGUGCACAGCAGAUUCCUAAACUGAUGAGGCCCACUUAAGAACAGGAUGAGUUCAAUGCUAAAUGCAUACAAACAAGGAAAAAACACUGCAAAUCUAUACAAGGCAAGUUUCAGCCUGGGUUUAAUACAGGAAGUUGUCUUAUCCCGGCUACUUCAGAGAGAAACUUUGCAACAACCAGGGCCACAUGGUGGAAACUAUCACUAGUACAAACCUCACAUGAAAUUGGGCUGAUCAAAUCAGGGGGUAUUAUGAAAUUGUGGUGUUACGUUGGCCGUUUACUGCUACAUUUUGUUUCUGCACUUUGUGUAUUUUGCAUGUUGUAUCUUGAGUGCUCUGUGAGCCGCCCUGAAUCCCUCUGGGAGAUGGUGGCAAGGUACAAAUAAAAUAUUAUUAUUAUUA